AUGUCCGAAACCGAGAUCGCUGAAGCCCGGGUCGCGCCCGUGGACCGCACUACACAAUUCUACGAAACGAUAUCACAACCCGUCGUCGCGGCCUUUUGCGCCGGCGGUGUGGCCGGUGCUGUGUCGAGAACUGUCGUCUCCCCGUUGGAGCGGCUCAAGAUCCUCUUCCAGAUCCAGAGCGCUGGCCGAGAUGCGUACAAGUUGUCUGUCGGCCAGGGCCUCAAGAAGAUGUGGGUUGAGGAAGGAUGGCGAGGUUUCAUGCGCGGCAAUGGAACCAACUGCAUCCGUAUUGUCCCGUAUUCUGCUGUGCAAUUCGGCAGCUACAACUUUUACAAGAGGAACAUAUUUGAAGCCUCCCCAGGCGCCGAUCUCUCAUCCUUAACACGCCUCAUUUGCGGCGGUGCGGCUGGCAUCACGUCGGUCUUCUUCACAUACCCGCUCGACAUCGUCCGAACCCGCCUUUCUAUCCAAUCUGCCUCGUUCGCCGAGCUUGGGGCACGACCAGACCACUUGCCCGGCAUGUGGUCCACCCUGAAGUCAAUGUACAAAACCGAGGGCGGUAUGGCUGCCCUAUACAGAGGCAUCACACCUACAGUUGCCGGCGUGGCGCCAUAUGUCGGGCUCAACUUCAUGACGUAUGAGAUAGUGCGGACGUAUCUCACACCUGAAGGAGAGCAAAACCCGAGCGCAGUGAGGAAAUUGUUGGCUGGUGCAAUCUCUGGCGCUGUUGCGCAGACGUGCACAUAUCCAUUCGACGUUCUACGAAGGCGUUUCCAAAUAAACACCAUGUCUGGUAUGGGGUACCAAUACAAAGGCGUCACAGACGCCGUCAAGGUCAUUCUCGCGCAGGAGGGUAUCAAAGGUCUCUACAAAGGCAUCGUGCCGAACUUGUUGAAGGUGGCGCCCAGUAUGGCGUCAAGUUGGUUGAGCUUCGAGCUGUCCCGAGACUUCCUCGUGUCUUUGAACCCGGGAGCCGAAGAGGUCAUCAUUUGA